AGCCAUGGAUGCAGUGGAGGGACUUGGCAGGGCUUCCCCUCCUUUGUCUGCCUGGCUCAGGGCUGCAGCGCCAGAGGAAAUCAAGAAGUGUCCAGGCGUGGUGGAGCUGGUGGUGGUGUUGAAUGGGGACAAGCUCUGCCUCGGCUCCGAAAAGACAAGAGGAAAAACUACUUUCAAUCGACUGAAAACUCUGCUCCUGAAAGGGGAAAUGGGGGAAAAAAACAAAACAAAUGUUCUUCUUUUGAAUGAUACUUGGAAUUGGAGCCAUCGGACGCAACCAAGUUUCGGACACGAGGUGUAAUGUGACCACAAUAUCCGAUAAUACGAGCUGUCAUCUUAGGACAGCAAAGUAUGUGUGUGUUUUUGAAGAACCAAACGUCUCUGAACCAGACUUUGAUGGACGUUUGACCUCCGAGAGCACUCCCAGCCAGAGGAAGGCCGUCCCGCGCCAAGUAACAACCAAGCAUGAUGUGAACGGAAACAGGACUGUUCCACCUUUUCCAGAGGGGACAGAGAUGGCCGUAUUUGGUAUGGGCUGUUUCUGGGGGGCAGAGAGGAAGUUUUGGAGGCAAAAAGGGGUUUAUUCCACCCAAGUGGGCUACGCAGGAGGAUACACACCUAACCCCACCUACGACGAAGUCUGCACAGGUAGGACGGGCCACGCCGAGGUGGUGAGAGUCGUCUUCCAUCCAGAGAAGACCAGCUUCGCCAACUUGCUCGCUGUUUUCUGGGAAAGCCACAACCCGACUCAAGGGAUGCGACAGGGGAACGAUAUUGGGACAGCGUACCGUUCCGUCAUCUACACCGACACAAAGCAGCAGCUGGAGGAAGCGUUGGCUUCCAAAGAUCAAUACCAGAAGGUAUUAACCGAGGAAGGUUUUGGAGCGAUUACAACAGAAAUCGCCGAAGCCAAGCCAUUUUACUACGCCGAGGACUACCACCAGCAGUACCUGAGCAAAAACCCUAAUGGGUACUGUGGUCUGGGAGGGACUGGAGUCGCCUGUCCAAUAGGAAUCAAGACCAAGGCCUAGCUAGCCAAUGACAGCCAAGAACCAUCACCUUCACCAAGGAUGCAACAAUGCUUUAAAAUGCUUACAUAAUCAAAAUGCUCUGUGUUUUAAAUAUAUAAACAUCAGGUUUUUGGAUGCAUGAAGGAACAGGAAGUCUAUUAUUUAUACUAUAUACACCUUUGAAAAUGAUGACGUCGGCAGUUCUCAGAGUGGAUGUAACCCAGUGACUCAGCGCUUUGCUUUUAGUAAACAUACCAGUGCCUCAAAGUGGAUGAAACUUACAUGCAUUGGAAACAUGAUGUAGCAUGUUACUUUGUGAAAGGCUUAACACAAAAUAUAUUCCUUGACACAUCCAGUACUAUUGGAUAUAUGACUAUAUAUAUAUAUAUAUAUAUAUAUAUAUAAAGUGGUAAAUUCUCAGAAAAGUCUGAGCAAAAAAUGAAUUCAUAAAGGCAUCAAAUUUAGAGUAUUUUAGUUUUUUCAUAUACAUGAAAGAUUAGAUUUGUGUUGGUGACUGCUUUGAAAUACAACUUCAGAUCAAAUUCAUGUUUUUUUUAUGCUCCGGGUACUUUAAGAAGUCUGUAGAUGAAUUAAAGUUUCUGAAAUCC